AUGUGAUAAAUAUUCCAAAAAAGUUAUAGUAUUUAUAAAUAAGUGGGCUGGUUUCUGGAGAGUUCUUGAGGCUUAAGCGUUUAGAGGGAAGAAAGGGUGUUGUGUGUUGAUCCUCUUUUUCCGCCUUAAACCCACUUCCCCUUUCCCCUCAAGCCACCCCAAAUAUGCCGAACUUCCUUGUCCCAAUUGGGAAAGAUGUAGUCCGUGAUGUAUGAUAUGUAACAUAUAUACAUACAUAUUCAUAUAUAUAUAUAUAUAUAUAAUACCUAUGGGUCUGUAUUUGUUCUCUAUUUACGCUCCUGGGUUCUUUUAAUUUGUCGACAAUAAGUGAGAAUAGGGGAUUUUGGUUCUGGGUUUUGCUUGAAGAAGAAGUUACGAAUAAUGGCUAAUGGAGAUGAGAAAAGCAGUGACUUUUAUGCGGUUUUGGGUUUGAAAAAAGAAUGCUCGACUAUGGAGCUGAGGAAUGCUUAUAAGAAAUUAGCAAUGAGAUGGCAUCCGGAUCGGUGUUCGGCUUCCGGGAAUGCAAAGUUCGUGGAGGAAGCCAAGAAGAAAUUCCAGGCCAUUCAACAAGCCUAUUCUGUUUUAUCAGACGAGAAUAAGAGGUUCAUGUACGAUGUCGGAGUCUACGACAGCGAUGAUGACGAAAGUGGUAUGGGUGAUUUUUUGAGCGAGAUGGCUGUUAUGAUGAGCCAAACAAAGCCUAAUCAGGAAAGUGGGGAAGAAACCUUUGAGGAAUUGCAGCAAUUAUUUGAAGAUAUGUUUCAAGGGGGCAAUGAUGCAUUUGGAUCAAGCAGUAGUUCCUACUGCGAAACCUCAACGACAUCUUCCUCCUCCUAUGCAUCUUAUUGCGAAACUUCAAGUUCCAGUAAUAAACGUAGUUCCACCGAUAUGAACAAUGGAAUCAGGACAAGCGUCGAUGAUUCUUCUUCAGGCUUCGCUGCUCAUCUUCAAAGCUUUUGUGUAGGGACAGGUGGAUCAGCGGCGGGGUUUGAGGGAGGGGACGGGAAUAGGAGGAGGGGUGGUUCGAGGAGGAGCAAGAGAUAGCCACCGACGACAUGGCAGGAAACAAAAGGUUUUGUCUGGUCAUGAUGUUUCUUCGAAAGAUUGCUCUAGUGGUAUAUCAGCAGCUUGAUUCAACCACAGCUUCCAAAAUGAGUUGGGAAAAAUCUUUUCUGCUUCCAGCUAUAGAGGAUUUAAGGAAAAAUCACAUUUUACAGGCAAACAAUAGGGUACUUUUGCCUCAAUUUUUCUUUUUUUAGUGGUAGUAGGAUUUGAAUUGAACGUUAGGCUGGCUGCUGGGGCCACAGUACUGUGUCUCAUGUCCAUGCUGUGGUUUAGUAAGAGUGGCUUGGUCUAAAGCCUUCGGUUGUAUUGAGCUUUUUUUUCAUCAAUCCUUUCAUCUGUAAUGCUAUAAUUCUGCUACUUAUUUUGCUGAUGUAUUUGAUCUUUACGCAAUUUCAUUUGGCAAGAAAUAUACUUGUGCUAAUGCAAGUAUGUUUCGAGAUUAAGCUAA